CAAAUGACUGAUAAAGAAAUGAGCUUUUCCUUGUUCGAAGACCCUGCUCAUGACAGCACUCCAAGCUAUAAAGAAUCUGAGUACGAAAACAUAAACGUUUUCGAAGACUUUAGCCAAGACCCUAUCUGCAGUCUAAACUUUAGAGAAAUGAAGAAUAUCCCUCAAUGAUUGGUAACAACAUUUGAAAUCUUUGUGACCUCUCUCAAUUCCUUCCAACUACGGCUAAACAAGUUUAAAAAGGAGCAAGAUAUAAUUAACCAGAAAAUGAAAUAAAACUAUCAUUAGCCAAGCCAAAUUAAGCCAAAAAGCAAACGAAAGAACUUCAGAAAAGUUUGGUGAGACAAAGUUGAAAAUAGAUGAAGCCACCUUCAAGACUAGAGUGGAUAUCUUAGACAUUCUUAAAUCAAAAUUUGAGAAGAUAGAUCUUGCUAUGACUGACUUAUAUUCGAAAUAGCCACAACUGCGAUGAUCUUAUACUUAAAUCCAAAGAUUUCGUCGUAAAAGCUGAUCUUGACCCCACCAUCACCAGACUCACAGAUAUCGCUGAAUCUGCACUCACUAAAGCCUCUGGUCUUUCCCAGACCUCUAAAUCCCUCGACUUGCUUAAAGAGGACCUGAAAGGCUUCAAAGCCUAUUACGAAACCCAAUCUGAACAGCUCUCUUCUAAAAUCUACAAUAUGGCUUCCCAGAUCUCAGCUGCGCAGGCAGCCCAGGCUGCUAGGGCAGCUGAGGCUAAGCAUGAAGCUGGAUUGGCGGAUCGGGAAUUGGCUUGAAGAGUAGAGUCUGUUCUAAAAUCCAAACUCGAACCCUUCCAGAAUAGCAUCCAAACCCUCACCAAUCAGAUGGCUGAGAUUCAACAAAAAUCCCAAAAAGACUCCAAUCUCCACCAAUGGAAGGAUCAGAUGGAAGCUAGAAUUCAAGAAUUAGCAGACAGAGCCACUGCUGAGAAAUCAAUCCAGUACAAUCAAGAGAAUCUAGAAGAGGGAUUUGGCAAAGACUUCGAAAGUUUAGAUAAGGAAAUAAACCAGCUCGAGACAGAGGUAGAGAAAGCAACAAAGGUUCUACCCUUGAAGAAAAGGAAGACUAGCUUUAAAUAAGAAAUCUAUCAAGCUCCAAGCUAUUAAAAAUGAGUUCACAAAUAAAUUCAAAAUUCACCAUGCAACUAUUGAAGAUAAGAUAAACACAAAAAUUGAGUCGAUUGAAGCAAGAAUUUCGAAACUUGAAAAUCCUUUACCAUUGAAAAAUUUACAUAAAGAGCACAAGGAGUUCAUUCUCACAAAGCCCACUGAUAGUCCCAAGGCGAAAGUGAGGUUUGAGGAUGAUAUCCAAAAGCCUCAAACUCAGCUAAACCUUGAACCCCACAGAACAUCUCAAAACCCAAAGAGCCCCUACUCCAAGCCUUCUGAGCGAUCCUUCUGGACGAACAGCAGCUAUAAGUCAAAAAGAAAUGAAGCGAGAGAACCGAGGAAAUUAGAAGCGAUAAAGGUCAAUGUCAGAAGGAGGCCUAGUGGAAGGAACUCUAUAGAGUUAGGCGCAGGGUUAAGAGCACUUGAGUCGAUUGAGGUUAAGUAUGAGCCGAUACAAGCUUUUCCUGAGAAUCAUAAGUACAAAAAUAUGCAUGCAAGUUUCCUUUCUCCCAAAUAUGCAGCUUCUAUGGGUGACAAGCUAAACUCAGGCUUUUCAUAACCCCCUCUCAAAAAUCCAUCACAUAUCCUAAUAUUCAAAAUCACUAUCUAAACCC